AUUUAAUUUCAUUAGAGAUUAAACUAAGGCACGCGACGUUGAAAUUCUGAAACACAGCUUAUCAUUGGCACGUCUUUUUAUAGAAGCUUAAUUAUGUAAACAGAGACGCAAAGAGAAGCCCAUUCAAGUUUGUCUCUGUGGCUUUGAGGAUUUGAAUUUCUGCUUCAGCAUGGCCGCCUCAAGAACGCUAUUGGCGUUGGCGGUUGCGGCCACAAUGGUGGUUCAAUUAGCCAUGGCUGCUAAUUACACGGUUGGAGAUUCUGGUGGCUGGGAAAUUGGCACCGAUUUCAAAUCUUGGGCUUCCUCCAAAAAAUUCGUCGUUGGGGAUGUUCUAAUUUUUGAGUACUCAGCGAACCACGAUGUGCUUGAAGUUAAUGAGGCAGAUUUCAGCUCGUGUUCAGCGAGCAAUCCGAUUGAGAAGCACACCGACGGCAGCACAGCCAUCGGUCUUUCCACCGCCGGCAAGAGAUUCUUCAUUUGUGGGACGCCCGGCCACUGCAGCACYGGAAUGAAGAUUGAAAUCGACACCCUUGGAACUUCUUCGCCGCCGCCGGAAGCAACUCCGUCCCCUCCGCCGGCACCACCUACUUCUUCUCCGGCUGCACCCCCUAAAGCUGCUGCGAAACCCCCAACAAAAUCUCCUCUGGCUCCACCACCUGAUUCUCACGUGAGCCCGCCGGCGCCGCCUCCUGGACCAACUCCACGAUCACCAGCGCCAGCACCGGAGGCGGAGUCUCCGACCCCUCCAUYUCCAUUUGACAUGCCAUUGAAUCCUACAGCACCUCCCACAACUCCGCCGCCACCGCCGCCUUCAUCGGCUUACAAAUGCCGCUUCACGGCUCAUCUCUCUGUUGGAUUCAGCUUCGUCAUCAUAAUGCUCUUGGCCAUCUGAAAAUUAUUCAUUUUCCAUAUACAUUUCACUGUAAUUCCAYUGUCAUUUUUUGCACUGAUGCUUUCAAUCUACACCAUUCCAAUAAAUAAAAAGGCUUUUUACUAGCCAGGCCAUUUCAAACUA